UGGGAUGCUCCAAGAUCUGCAGCGUAGUAGAUUGCAGCUACGCGCCGCACGACGGAGAGCGGCCGAGGCCACCGAGACCCGAGGCGGGGCUCGCCGGGCGGUGGAAUGGGAAGGGCUUAGACUUUCCCCGCCUCCUGAGGCCCGACGCAUGCGCCCUGAGGCUUCUAGUAGAACGAGGUGUGGAUUGAGGUGACCCUGGCCUCUUACUUCCGGUUCCUAGGGAUGCGUAUCCGGGUUACAUUAGCGCCGCGGUUUCCUCCGCUCGGUGGAUUCUGCUGUGGGUCUCGACCGGUCCCCAUGUCCUGCUGUGGGGCUUCUGUACCCUUUGGACUGUGAAGACUUCUGAGAGAGAUUUGCAAUUCAGUCACAUAAGCAUAAUAAAGAUAUAUUGGGCCUCAUGGAAGAAGAACAAGAUUUACCAGAGCAACCGGUGAAAAAAGCCAAGAUGCAGGAAUCAGGAGAGCAAACUUUAAGUCAAGUAAGCAACGCGGAUGUCAGUGAGCAGAAACCUGAACCGUCAAGCCUUGCUUCAAAUCUUACCAUGUCGGAGGAAAUUAUGACAUGUACCGAUUACGUCCCUCGCUCAUCUAAUGAUUAUACCUCACAGAUGUAUUCUGCAAAACCUUAUGCACAUAUCCUUUCGGUUCCUGUUUCUGAAACUGCGUACCCUGGGCAGACUCAAUACCAGACAUUGCAACAGUCUCAACCCUAUGCUGUGUACCCUCAGGCAACCCAAACAUAUGGACUACCUCCUUUUGCUUCAAGCACAAAUGCCAGCCUGAUAUCCACUUCAUCUACAAUUGCCAAUAUUCCAGCAGCAGCAGUUGCCAGCAUUUCAAACCAGGACUAUCCCACCUAUACUAUUCUUGGUCAGAAUCAGUACCAGGCCUGCUACCCCAGCUCCAGCUUUGGAGUAACAGGCCAGACUAACAGCGAUGCCGAGAGCUCCACAUUAGCAGCAACCACCUAUCAGUCUGAGAAGCCUAAUGUCAUGGUACCUGCACCUGCAGCACAGAGACUUUCCUCUGGAGACCCUUCUACAGGCUCAUCUGUGUCCCAGACUACACCAAUUAAAGAUACUGAUGAUCAGUCCAGGAAAAACAUGACUGGCAAGAACCGGGGCAAGAGGAAAGCUGAUGCCAGUUCUUCCCAGGACAGUGAAUUGGAACGGGUAUUUCUGUGGGACUUGGAUGAAACCAUCAUCAUUUUCCACUCUCUUCUUACUGGAUCCUAUGCCCAGAAGUAUGGAAAGGACCCAACAGUAGUGAUUGGCUCAGGUUUAACAAUGGAAGAAAUGAUUUUUGAAGUGGCUGAUACCCAUCUAUUUUUCAAUGAUUUAGAGGAAUGUGACCAGGUGCAUGUGGAAGAUGUGGCUUCUGAUGAUAAUGGACAAGACUUGAGCAACUACAGUUUCUCAACAGAUGGUUUCAGUGGCUCAGGAGGCAGUGGCAGCCAUGGUUCCUCUGUGGGUGUCCAAGGAGGUGUGGACUGGAUGAGGAAACUGGCUUUCCGUUACCGAAAAGUGAGAGAAAUCUAUGAUAAGCAUAAAAGCAAUGUGGGUGGCCUCCUCAGUCCCCAAAGAAAGGAAGCACUGCAAAGAUUAAGAGCAGAAAUUGAAGUUUUAACAGAUUCCUGGUUAGGAACUGCACUAAAGUCCUUACUUCUCAUCCAGUCCAGAAAGAAUUGUGUGAAUGUUCUGAUCACCACCACUCAGCUGGUUCCAGCCCUGGCCAAGGUUCUCCUAUAUGGACUAGGAGAAAUAUUUCCUAUUGAAAAUAUCUACAGUGCUACCAAAAUUGGUAAGGAGAGCUGCUUUGAGAGAAUUGUGUCAAGGUUUGGAAAGAAAGUCACAUAUGUAGUGAUUGGAGAUGGACGAGAUGAAGAAAUUGCAGCUAAACAGCACAACAUGCCUUUCUGGAGGAUCACAAACCAUGGAGACCUAGUGUCCCUUCACCAGGCUUUGGAGCUUGAUUUUCUCUAAGAACUGGAAUAAGGAGCCUUCGCUGUGAACUUUUCACUCCCAAAGGGAGCUAGAUACUGGAAUCAACUGGGAUCCCUCUCUUUCUGUCUCUCUCUCUCUGUCUGUCUGUCUCCAUCAAAUGCCGGCGAGAACACAAUCAGAACCAAGUGCUGCAAGUUUUCCUAAGAGUGAGUGCAGCCCCCGUGUUUAUCCUCAUACAGAGCAGGAGACAGCUGGAUAGAGAGAACAGUAGACUCACUGCAGCUACAGUGCUUUUAAUUCUAAUGUGUUUUGUUUUAUUUCAAAAAAUGAAGAAAAAGUAAAGGAAAUUUGAGGGGCAGAGUUGUACUCUUACUUAGUCCAUGACCAGAUUGAGAACUGCUAUUGACUUGUGGUGAUAGGAUAAAUGCAGCAGAUUUUAUAAUGACAUCUCUUGCAGUCUAGAAUCUCCAUAGCUGUAGAAUGUAUUUCCAGGUGAAUGUGUGUGUUAUUUUUAUAGGUUAAGGAUCUGGCCUCCGAAGCAGGUCCCACUCCCACUCCCCCUGCUUUUUCUAGUAAAAAAGAGGACGUAUAAAGUUUUUUUGAAAAUAGUAAUUGAAAUAUCUAAAAUACCUCGCUGUGGCAGUAGCACCUCUUUAGCUGCUCCAGUGGUCUGCUCUCUAAGAUGGCUCCUUUCCCGUUCUUCCAUCUCCUCGUAUGCCGAACUAUGGGGGCACCAGAUUCUGAGUAACCUUGAACUUUGGCAUUGCCCAUCCUAGAAGUCUUAGUCUCCUUUCUGAUCCUUCUUCCCCUUUAGCCAAAUGGUACAAUGCUAGAAACUCCUUCUCUAAAACAGUAAAUUCUAAGCCUUCAGCUUAACUCUUAUUUAAAAAGACUAUGUCCUUCAAACUGGAGAGAAGGGACUAAGGCUUCUUAAGAAUU